AUGAACAAGGCAAUUGUGCUAUCAAUUUUGAUUAUUGGAUCCCUAGCUAAAUCCAGUGACUUCCCUCCCUUUGAUAUUUUCCACGCUCACUGCUAAAUUUCAGCAAUCUAUGCUGGCAGAUAAUGCACUGACACCUUCACCAGAAUGAGCUCUAUUGUUCAAGGUUUUGAAGGAGAGGAUCCAGCAAAGGGAAAGUAUUCUUUGAUAGAGCAAAACAUCAAUGACUACAUUUGGGCUGAGAGAAUCUCGUCAAGCAAAUGGGUAGAUGAUGUUAUCUUCCAACUUACUCAAACUCCAGCUGGUUGCUAAGUUGUUGGAAAAGCAAGAGCUCAAUACUUCUACUUCAAAAAUGAUGGAACCACUUACUGUGAUAUCUGGAACGUAUUAAAGUACACUGAUGUCUUCUCAAACCUCUCCACUAAAUCCUGCAGAAUCGUCAAGACUAAUCCAUCUGUUAACUGCGUAGCUUAUUGA